GCAUGCGCCUCGCCCCCCCUCGGCCGCGGGGAGGGGGAUGCGGACGGGGGAAGAUGGCGGCCUCGAACAACCCGCGGAAAUUCAGCGAGAAGAUCGCGCUGCACAACCAGAAGCAGGCGGAGGAGACGGCGGCCUUCGAGGAGGUCAUGAAGGACCUGAGCCUGACCCGCGCGCACCGGCUACAGCUGCAGAAAACUCAAUAUUUGCAACUGGGGCAGAGUCGUGGCCAGUACUACGGGGGGUCACUGCCAAAUGUGAACCAGAUUGGGAACAGUGCCAUGGAUCUCCCCUUCCAGCACAACGGAGCUCUGGCUGAAACCUUUGGAGCAGUUCCUGUCUCUUUGACCCCGUUCCAGUCGUCGGCGCUGGACACCAGCAGGACCACGCGGCACCACGGGCUGGUGGACAGGGUGUACCGGGAGCGCAACCGCCUGGGCUCGCCGCACCGGCGCCCGCUCUCCGUGGACAAGCACGGCCGGCAGGUGGACAGCUGUCCCUACGGCACCGUGUACCUGUCCCCGCCCUCGGACACCAGCUGGAGGAGGACAAAUUCUGAUUCUGCCUUGCACCAGAGCACCAUGACUCCAGCUCAGCAGGAAUCCUUUUCAGGAGGGUCCCAGGACAUGCAGCAGAAAAGAGUUUUAUUGCUGACUGUCCCUGGAAUGGAAGAAACCACCUCAGAUGCAGACAAAGCCCUCUCUAAGCAAGGCUGGGACACUAAAAAGACUGGGUCAUCAAGACCAAAAUCCUGUGAGGUUCCAGGAAUCAACAUUUUCCCCUCGGCAGAGCAGGACAGCAGCGCAGCUCUGGUCCCUGGUGCUCACAACACCGGGGGGUCCCUGCCUGACCUGACCAACAUCCACUUCCCCUCGCCCCUGCCCACGCCCCUGGACCCCGAGGAGUCGCCGUUCCCUGCCCUGAGCAGCUCCAGCAGCACCGGCAACCUGGCGGCCAACCUGACCCAGCUGGGGCUGGGAGCUGCCAGCCAGGCAGGGAUGACGACGACGCCGGCGCCGUCCCAGCACCGCCAGCCCAACGUGAGCCCCCUGUCCUUGGGCGCGGAUUCCCGGCGACCUCAGUCCCAGCAAAUGUCCCCCACGCUGUCCCCGCUGUCCCCCAUCACCCAGGCCGUGGCUAUGGAUGCAUUAUCCCUGGAGCAGCAACUCCCCCCUUACCCCUUUUUCACCCAGCCCAGCUCCCAGCAGCAGCAGCAGCCAGCAGUGGCCAGUUCCUUGCCCCAGACCCCCCCUCUGCUGCAGAGCUCAGGGCUGCAGAGGGGUCCCCAGCUGCCCCCUCUGUCUGUCACGGUACCUUCCAGCAUCCCCCAGUCCCCUCCGGGCAGCCAGAGCCAGUCCUCCAUGGGAAUCGACAUCAACUCGGCCUCACUCCAGCAGUACCGCAGUAAUGCUGGCUCCCCAGCCAACCAGUCUCCCACCUCUCCUGUCUCCAAUCAAGGCUUCUCUCCUGGCAGCUCCCCUCAACAUUCUUCCAUGCUGGGCAGUGUUUUUGGGGACUCCUAUUAUGAGCAGCAGAUGACAGCUAGGCAGGCUAAUGCCCUCUCCCACCAGCUGGAGCAGUUCAACAUGAUCGAGAACGCCAUCAGCUCCAACAGCCUGUACAGCCCCUGCUCCACCCUCAACUACUCGCAGGCUGCCAUGAUGGGACUGACGGGCAGCCACGGCAGCCUGCAGGACUCGGCACAGCAGCUCAACUACUCCAGCCACAGCAACAUCCCCAACAUCAUCCUGACAGUGACAGGAGAAUCCCCCCCCAGCUUAUCAAAAGAACUGACCAGCUCCUUGGCAGGAGUGGGGGACGUCAGCUUCGACACGGAUUCCCAGUUCCCUCUGGAUGAACUCAAAAUUGACCCUUUGACCUUGGAUGGACUUCACAUGCUCAACGACCCCGACAUGGUCCUCACCGACCCCGCCACAGAGGACACGUUCCGCAUGGACCGGCUGUGACCUGCCAGGACCUGCUCCUGGGGACUCCCCGUGCUCCUGGGGGUUCCCUGUGCUCCUGGGGGAUCCCCCCCUGCUCCUGGGGGUGCCCCCCUGUACAAUGAGUACCCACAGCUUGUUGUUCUGAGCUUGCCCCCGCCCGGCGCUGUCACCCCCCGAGCCGCCCGCCAGGAGCUUUGUCCCGGUUUGUCCCGGUUUGUCCCCCGGUUUGUCCCCCGGUUUGUCCCGAUUCUCCACCUCCUUUUCCAGCUCCUUGUCCGUGUCUGUGCACCAUGGGGAGGGCUCUGUGCAGCUGAGGAAGGGCAGGCACCCCAAUCAAUCCCGGAUCUGGGCUGCGGGGGUUGUGUCCCCUCGUGUCCCCUCUGCUCUGCCACCGUCCCCUGCAGCUGGGACUCUGCCCUGGUGUCCUGCUUGUCCCCAGCUGUGUCCCCUCCCUCCUGCCCCAAGCCCCAAAAAUCCACUUUAAACACUAUUUUUUCCAAGCUUUUUAUGUUUUUUUAAUUUUUUUUUAAUAUAUAUAUAUAAUAUAUAUCUAUUUCUAUAUAUGGCUACAUAUAUAGAGAGCAUUUCUGAGCACACAUGAAAGUUCUAUAAUUCAUUACUUGAUUAGACAGAGGAUCAGAACAUCUUAAAGCAGCUAAAAAAAAAUAGAGACUAACCUGCAUAAUCCUAAUUUUUACUUUGUGAGAUUCCUGGGUAACAGGAAGGGCAUUUCCAUAGCAAUGCCAGGCUCGUAGAAUCAUGAUUUUUUAAUUUUUUUAUUCUUAUUCAUUACUUAUUCUGUUACUUAUUUAUGAUUUUUUUUUUUUGUCAUUGUUGUUGUCAUUUUUUUUUUAUUUAAAUAUUUGGAUAUUAGGAAAGUAGCUCAACUACAUACAGCCAAUGGAAGCACUCUACAUAAUAUUUGUACAGUACAUUUUUUUUUUGUGGUUUUAUUCCAGAAAUAUAUUAUAUAUAUUAUAUAUGUAGGUAUUUUUAAACUAACUGGAAUUUUAAACAGAUGUUAAGCAGGAAUAAGGAAGCCUAAGGCAAGUUUAGAUAUUUUCUUUUGGAACAGACAAAAUAGGAUGGUUGGAACUAAAAAAUUCCUUCAUUCACCCAGGGGGAAAAAAAAAAAAAAUCUCUUGCUCCACAAUGACCAGGAUUGAAUCCUCCAAAAUUCUGUGCAAUUAAAUGGAGAAUUGAUUAUUUCUGAUGAUCC